UCUGCGCUGGACUCCGGGCCGGUCACUGCUUGACUCGCAUUAUCAGAGGCAGCGCGCCCGCUCCACACCCUGCAGGAGGCUCCCGAUAGGGAAGCGCGUGGGCGCCGCACCAGGAGCCACACCGGCCCGUCGGGGAGUCUGUCCUCCUCCUCGCGGAGCCCAGAAGGAGCCCUUGGAAAGCGCGGCGGGCAGGUCGGGACCCGCGCCGAUCCCGCAGCGAGUCUGCGCCCGGAGCCGCCUCGCACCGAGCCACUCGGCCCAGGACCCGCCCGGCCCCGGCUCUCUCGGUCGGGAGGCUCCGCGGCCGGCCCCGCACUCAGCCCGCGAGCUCGCCCUUCCCCUCGCCCGCGGAGAUGUCUGCCCAGCCCGAGGCCGGCUUCGUGAAGGAGGCUUCCCGGCAGAUCGUGGCCGGGGGUUCCGCAGGUCUUGUAGAAAUUUGCCUGAUGCACCCCCUCGAUGUGGUGAAAACCAGGUUCCAGAUUCAGAGAAGUUCAACUGAUCCAAACAGUUACAAAAGCUUAGGAGACAGCUUUCGAACAAUUUUCCGAACAGAAGGGUUGUUUGGUUUUUACAAGGGAAUUCUACCACCCAUAUUGGCUGAAACGCCAAAAAGAGCUGUGAAGUUUUUCACCUUUGAGCAAUAUAAGAAAUUGCUAGGAUAUGUGUCACUGUCGCCAGCAUUGACAUUUGCCAUUGCUGGACUGGGGUCUGGACUAACAGAAGCCAUCGUGGUUAAUCCUUUUGAGGUAGUAAAAGUUGGCUUGCAAGCUAAUCGGAACACAUUUACAGAGCAGCCAUCCACUAUGAGUUACGCAAGACACAUCAUUAAGACGGAAGGUUUGGGACUCCAGGGCCUCAACAAAGGAUUUACAGCAACUUUGGGACGUCAUGGAGUUUUCAACAUGGUUUAUUUUGGCUUCUACUAUAAUGUCAAAAACAUUAUUCCUGUCAAUAAGGAUCCAACCUUGGAGUUUUUGCGAAAAUUUGGGAUUGGUCUUCUGUCAGGAACAAUAGCCUCAGUCAUUAACAUCCCUUUUGAUGUUGCCAAAAGUAGGAUUCAAGGGCCUCAGCCAGUUCCUGGAGAGAUCAAGUACAGAACCUGUUUUAAAACAAUGGCCACAGUCUAUCAGGAAGAAGGGAUUUUAGCUUUGUACAAAGGCCUGCUUCCCAAGAUUAUGAGGCUUGGACCAGGUGGUGCAGUGAUGCUGCUGGUUUAUGAAUAUACCUAUUCAUGGCUUCAGGAGAACUGGUAAUACUCUUGCAUCCUGUGAGAGCACUGCCUGCACAGAGUCCAUGAAAUUGAACCUUUAACCUCUCCAUGUGGAUGGGAUGGAAAAGGAUCUCUGAAGAGUGCAUUUGCCAGUUUAAAACAUUUUCACCCGCUAAGAAACAGAGGAAAUAUGUCAACGCUAACCAAUAAUAAUAAUGUUUAAAAAAAAAUCCCAAACCCAUAUCUCAUUCCAUUUUCCUUCUCUUAUUUUUAAGAGUAGCUUUAAAUCAUAAUUGCUUUAAAUAGCAAAUUGUAUUGGGGGUUUCUGUUGUUCUUUUAAAUUUAUUUCAUGUGAAUUCACUGUUGUAAGAAAAGACCUAAAGG